AUGGAAGCCCUCGAACGGAGAGGAAAGCUUAUCGCCAUCGCUGCUAUUCUGUAUAUCGUCUUUUGGUCGCAAUGCAGAGGCGUGGAGGGUCAGAGGAACAACACCAAGAUGUCCUACGUGUGCCCUCCGAAUUUCAUCAGGCUUGGUCACAGUUGCUACUACUUCAGCGAGAAAAAGGCGUCGUGGCAGAACUCUUUAUAUGCCUGUCAGGAUCUGAACAGUAACCUGACAGUGCCAGCGCGGUGGGAGGACAGAAAUCUUCGCAAGCAUCUUGUUAAACCUGGCAUCGUGAAAGAGAGUCGAUGGAUAGGCGGGAUCUACGACUACGGUGCGCAGUCGUGGCGUUGGGGAGGCGAUUUGAGGAAGAUGCACUACCAGUCGUUCUCCAAAAUGAAGAGGAUGAGUCCUGAGGAAUUAAAGUGGCACUGCAUCGCUAUGGUUCCAGAAUUGGCAUACAGAUGGUCACCACGUAGCUGCAUCGAGCCCCGACUGUACAUCUGCCAAACAAAACUACAGAAGUUGCCAAAGGCCAAAGUGAAGGACUUGCGAAAACGCUGGGGGCGAAUGGGUCAACUGAACGAAAUCACAGCACCGAGUGUCAGCCACGAGAUCAACGACCAUAUGAUGAUAAAUGACGUCACCAUCAAUCCUGUUCAUCAUCCGAAGUCGUAUGAUCUCCGCCCGAAUCAAGCGCUUCUGGGCCAGAAGCGAUACAACUCAAGAAACAGGGUUAGAAACUCGAAAUACGAUCUGAGACCAAAUGAGUUAAGGAAAAGGACAAGACUGGCGAUGCGCAGUAGACGGCUCAGGAGACCGUUCCCAGGGUACACAUGGAACCGCCGCGACCCCGAAGGUUCAUACCGCCGUAACGCCGAACUACUUAAGUCAGGUCAAACCGGCCUCAGACCACAACAGGUAAAAGCUCAUCUGGCAAGACUCCAACGCCUACGCGACAAGCAAAUCCAGCGGCUGAAACGCCUCCGUGAGAAGGACGAUUGGCUAGAGAACGAACCGCGACAAGCUCUCGCUCAAACUCACCCGAGAACGUAUACUGUCGACAACAAUAUCAGUGCUUUACACCCCAAAACAAUUGUGGAAGAAUUCGAUAUGUUUCCAGCACCCGUAGCCCCCGCACCAAAACGUCGGGGCUAA